AUGUGCUCAACCAGAUACCUCGAAGCGCGGAUGCAGAAUCCUGUUUCGUAUACCGUCACUACACAUAGUGAUAAAUGCACACACCACAUAUCCACUUCGGAAUCACUUGAAUACAUUCCUCAGAAGCAGUCUUCCAAACGAGAGUGUUGCAUCAAGACCAAGUUCUAUACGAAGAAGAUUGUUGCCUUCUUACUUUCACACGUCGGCCUAGCUUCGCUUGUUGUUUUGUAUACAAUUCUUGGUGGUUACGUAUUCUGUUGGCUAGAGGGAUCAGCCGAGAAUAACACACGAAUAGUGGUGCUUCAAAAUCGCACACAGCUCGUAAAGGAACUCAUACGGUUAAACCAGUACACACAGGCCAAAUUGUUAACUCUGUUUGAGGCCCAUGUGGCCAAGCAGGUCAGUGAAGAGUAUUACCGUGUACGGCUAAAGGCAGCGUCUGGAACGGGUGGGAAUUGGCCCCAAAACCUUUCAAAUAUUUCUGAGUGGAAGGUUAGAUCUCAUGCCGAUCGGGAGAAACUAACAGCUGGCCUGGCAUGGUAUCUGGCUGGAUUAGGCUGGCCUCGAAAUAUUGUCCCCCCAUCAUGGUUCAACAAUGAAAGUCCUCCGCCAUUCGAGCCAAUAGCCGAUCAGAGUUACAAACCAGACACUGAAUCUACCGUAGCAAGUUUGACGAACGCAACCGGCCAAGCUCCCAACCUCACCAGUCACAAUUCGACAAACCCAUUUCCUCUUGAUGUGUUAGAAUUUUUGCCGGAAACGAUUCUUGGCGUUUCCACCAAAAGUAUUAUUUUACCUCUCAUUUUUAACAUAACCAAGGAGAUUGAAUUCAAAUGGGAGCAGUUGGUGGAGAGCUAUACGAGAAAUUUGGUCAGUGCAAUCAAAGACAAGGGUUGGAAUGGAGCUGAUGAAGAAUUGGGUUGGAAUUCUGAAGGAAGCAUUUUGUACGCAGUGACCAUAAUCACCACGAUUGGUAAGUUCACAAAAAAGGCCGGGGCAUUUAUUGCUUACAUAUAA